GCUAUGGGCCCCACAUCAGAAUAUCAUGAAAUAUCCCAUGUUGUUAGGAUCAAUUAGUUCAAUUCAUCAUCAACCAAAGGCCUCUCCAACUACCAGAUCUGUCUAAGUCUUCUCAAUGGAGUUUCCACCUCUUCUUCCACCAACCACACGCCUCCUUCUCUUCUCUUUCAUGUCUUCCACCUUGCUCCUCUCAUGGGCUUCUCUGAAUUCGUCCCCCCAAAUGGAAAUUCUCGUUGGGAAACUCCUAGAAUCGGCGCGAGAUCCGCAUUUCUUCGAAUGGAUGAAGAGUGUAAGGAGAAGGAUCCAUGAGCAUCCAGAGCUCUCUUUUGAGGAGCAUAAGACGAGCGAAUUGAUACGAUCGGAGCUCGAUUCGAUCGGGAUCGAGUACUCAUGGCCAUUCGCGAAGACGGGCGUCGUCGCAUCAGUCGGGUCAGGUGGACCGCCUUGGUUUUCUCUAAGGGCAGAUAUGGAUGCUCUUCCUUUGCAGGAGCGGGUAGAAUGGGAGCAUAAGAGCAAGCACAAUGGUAAGAUGCACGCUUGUGGUCAUGAUGCCCACAUAACAAUGUUACUUGGUGCAGCUAAGUUGCUUCAAUGCCGAAAGGAUGAAAUGAAGGGCACAGUGAAGAUUGUUUUCCAACCGGCUGAGGAGGGUCAGGCGGGCGCUUAUCAUAUGUUACAAGAGGGUGCUCUCGAGAAGGUAGAUGCAAUUUUCGGACUACAUGUGGAUCCUAGUUUGCAGAGUGGUUCUAUUGCUUCAAGACCGGGUCCCAUUAUGGCUGCAUCGGCCCCCUUUGUAGCCACAAUUCAAGGGAGAGGUGGGCAUGCAGGAAAACCACACAAAAGCAGAGACCCAGUACUUGCCGCAUCCUUUGCCAUCCUUGCCCUCCAACAGCUUGUUUCUCGAGAAUCAGAUCCUCUUGAAGGCAGAGUAGUCUCAGUUGGGUUUAUAUACGGAGGCGAAGCACAUAAUGUAAUCCCAGACUCAGUGAAAUUUGGUGGAACUUUUAGGAGCAUGACAACUGAAGGACUCGAUUACCUAUUCAAAAGGAUAAGAGAGGUAAUAGAGUCGCAGGCAGUCGUGCACUGUUGUACCGCCACAGUGGAUUUCAUGGAGAAUAAACGGAUACCAUAUCCAGCGACUGUGAACAAUAAAGCAAUGUACGAGCAUGCAAAGAGGGUAGGGGAGAUCCUACUUGGAAAAGGCAAUGUACGCUUGAGCCCAAUGAUCAUGACAGCUGAAGACUUCAGUUUCUACACACAGAAGAUGCAGGGUGCGUUCUUUAGUAUCGGCAUAAAAAAUGAGAGCGCAGGGUCAACCCAACCAUUGCACUCUCCAUACUUCUUCCUCGAUGAGGGAAUUCUUCCCAUAGGAGCUGCCUUGCAUGCUGCCGUUGCAAUCACUUACUUGGAUAGCCAUGUCGUUGAGUCCUGACCAGUAAACAACUUGAGACCACCCUUGAUUUACACAAGGACCAACCUGAAUUUUAAACAGCCUGACCCUUCAUCCAGACCAGCCUCUACAUUUUUGGAUUUGCAAAACACAAGCUCCACUUAAAUCAUAUCAUUUUCUACAGUUGUCAUUACCAUUUGAACUGAUGUAUGAAAUAUAUUUUGCCAUCUAGUCAUUGGUGUCAGAGUCAUGACAUGCCAAAAUUCAGAUUUUGCAUGUUCCAUCUUAACCUUCAGCUUUGUAUAAUUUAUGCAUCGUUGAUUCUCUUCUUGGAAAGUCAACUCUCUUGUAUCUGCUUUUAUUUUCGCAUCUUCACCAACAGAUUUCGAAUUUGGAAAUUCUCCAACACCAUUGCAUCUUGAUAAUUCAUAAUAUGGUGUUUCCUCCAUGAAAUCGCACCAGUUAAUAACUUUCUGUGUGCAUGGAACUUUUCGAGUUAGGCGAAGUAUUGUUGUUUUUCAACCUUCUCAUUUUUGACGAAGCUCUUUAUAAUAGAUUCAUUAUUAUUGUUCUCUAUCUUCUUGAAAUUGAUGCAGUUGAAGCUUAAGAAAUUAAAGUCAAUGGAUUUUAACUCAGGAACACAAAUCUUUAAGAUGUCAGGCUUGUGUAUCCCACCUUUUGUAUCUUCAAAAUAUUCUUGGACCAACUUCUCCAAUUCUUCAAUAUUUCUCCAGUUUUCCAUCCUAAAAAAGGAAACGAGAUUUUUCAAUUUCAAUGUCCUCAUUAUACUAUUUAGUCAACUCAAAAUUGCCAGUCAUAUUUCCUGCUAUUGCUUCCUCCUUUACCAUAAGACUAGAAGUGUCACAGGAUCCUUCACUUUCAACUUCGUUGAGUUCAUCAACCAUAGCAAUUUUAAAUGAAGCUCUGAAGAACUUCAAAGGUGAGUGGACCAAGAAUGAGUACCUAAUCAAUCUCAUUGACACCACCAGCCACAUUGACCUCUCUUCCAAGGUCCCAGCUGCGCUACAUAUUACCAACGGUUAAGCGAUUCUGGUGGAUUGUGUUCGGGCUUGUCUUGACUCAUAACAAGAUGGAUUGUUGUUUCAACGAGCUUCAGGUUGAUGGGAAGCCUAUCAGAGCUUGUGUUGAGUCAUUGACGAUGCCAAUGCCAUCAUUGUGACCCAUGAAGGUCUGCUUCUUGGUGAUGUUCGAGUCUUCCCGGAGAAAGGAACUGUCUCCUUCACCAGUUUGCAUGGGUGGGCCUUUACUCUGGCCAACUUAUGGGCGACAACUUCUUCAACAUGGCCACCAUGGAAUGGACAGACAAAGAACAUCGGAUCCUCUGCCUGCAAGUGCAGCUGUUACAAACAUGUCAAGGAUAUCAUCAUCUCAUGCAUGAAUGAUCACAAGGACAACUUAAUGACUCUUUUCUACACAAGUUCCGUGUUAGUAUCAUGUGUAAAGAGAAGCCGAUGUCUAGGAAGGUGUUGAUGGAGUGCGUGAUAACUACUACCUUCCCAAAAUUGAAUCAUAUCCAAAGCUCAGGUGGAUCACACCACAGGAAACAAGUGCAUACAAUCUAGAAGCCAAAUCAAACCGAGCUGAACCAAGCCGAAUCUUGAGUCGAGCCGAGCUGGUACUACCAUGGUUUGAUUUUGGUUUUUUU